UUGUUUUACUCUGAACAACUUAGGAGUGGUACACGCGGCGAAAUAGAAACAGAGGAAAUUCCAGUUCCAGAUGACGGGCCAUCUUCCGCUGAAACGUCGUCUUCGGCAGUGAAGACGGUGGAAAACGGGAUGGAGCAAACAACAGAAGAUGUAGAUUCAAAAAUGGAAGCGACGGUGGCGGCCGAGGAAAAGCCGAAGCGACUGCCUCAGGUAUACUUGGACAUAAAGAUCGGUAUUCGACACGUGGGCCGAGUGACCAUAGAACUUCGCAGCGACAUCGUACCGUUGACUGCUGAGAAUUUUCGUGCGCUGUGUACCGGCGAGAAAGGCUUCGGAUACCGAGGCAGUGUCGUUCAUCGCAUCAUUCCUCGAUUCAUGAUCCAAGGCGGCGACUUCACGAACGGCGACGGGACGGGCGGCAAGUCGAUUUACGGUAAAAACUUCAAGGACGAGAAUUUCACGCUAAGACACGACGUUCCGGGCGUGUUAUCGAUGGCCAACUCAGGGCCAAACACCAACGGCAGCCAGUUCUUCAUCACGUCAGCUUCAUGCGAGUGGUUGGACAACAAGCAUGUCGUGUUCGGCAGAGUUGUUGAUGGCAUGCAUGUCGUCAAGCAGGUGGAACUAGUGGGCACUCCGACAGGCAAACCAUCGAUGAAAGUCAUCAUAUCGGACUGUGGAGAACUCUAACU